ACCAAAGAACAAAAGGGGUGACUUGGAUCCCUCUCAGAAAACGGCAUUUAGGUUUGCAUUGCAUCCAAGUUUCCUCCUUUGGAACUUCCCUCUCGGCAGCCAAUCGCCGAAAGCCAUUAAUCCGUUCCUCUUCAAUCAGAAAUUUCACCCCACAUAAUGAAACUUGCGGAUUUCGACAUGUCGAUCAAUUUUGGCCUCUUCUCGCUGCAUGUGCCUCUGUUUCUCUGCUCCCACGUUACCCAAGAUGCCCACCUCUGCGGCUGUUGUUCACCAACCGAGAUUUAAUGCCUUACCCACGUCUCCUUCUUCUUCAAAGUACAAAUCUUUGAGGCCGAAUCACAUUUUGGCGUUCGACUUUCGCCGCUUGAAAUCGAUUGGCCAUGGUGGGUCUGGCUCGAGCGUGCUCGCCAGUGGGAAAGACGGAGUCUUGAGUCGGAUGCGCAUGGCUGGGACCGUGAGAGCUGCUUCUUUCAGGAGCGGUAGUGGCAGCGACGAGGAUGUUAGGAUUCUUGAGCAGGAAGGUUUUACGAAUGGGUCGGCUGGUUUCGUGGCUGGUGGCUUGGAAUCGACCCUUAAUCGUCUGAGCAAGUGGCUUGUUGCUGGUGUUUUUGGUGCCAUCAUUUUAUUGAGGCAUGAUGCUGAAUCUCUGUGGGCUGCUAUGGGUUCGGUUGUAAAUACCAUUCUCUCGGUCGUACUCAAACGAAUACUGAAUCAAGAAAGGCCAGUGCCCACCUCGAGAUCGGACCCUGGGAUGCCAUCUUCGCAUGCUCAGUCCAUCUUCUUCACAGUUGUGUUUGCCAUUGUAUCAGUAGGUGAAUGGUUUGGAAUUAACGAGAUUACUCUGAUUAUCAGCGGGCUUGUUUUGGCAUUUGGUUCAUAUCUGUCAUGGUUACGGGUCUCGCAGCAACUACAUACAAUCAGCCAGGUGGUCGUGGGCGCCUUCCUGGGGUCGGCUUUUUCUGCAUUGUGGUUUUGGUCUUGGAGUGCUUUCAUGCUGAGAGCUUUUGAAUCGUUUUUGUGGGUUAGAAUCGUGGUCAUUCUGGGUGUAUCUUGCUUCUGCCUCGGGUUUCUUUUGUACGUAAUUCGGUACUGGCUACGCGAUGAAAGAUGAACUUUGACCUAUGGUUUUAAAUGAGAUGAUCACAUCGAUUCACUCCCUA